AUGGAAAGCGAAUAUGAUAUUGUAGUGCUUGGUACUGGAUUGACUGAGUCAAUUCUUGCUGCUUUGAUGACAUUGAAAGGUUACAAAGUUUUAAUUCGUGAUAGAAAUAAGUAUUAUGGUGGAGAGAUUGCUUCAUUGAACUUGAAUCAAAUGUUUGAAAUGUUGAAGGGUGACAGUUCAGUUCCACCUAUUGAGCUUGGAUCUAGUAAGGACUAUAACAUUGAUUUGAUUCCAAAACUUGCCCUUUCAAGUGGAAAACUUGUUAAAAUUCUCAGAUCCCUCGGUGUUAUUCGUAUGGGUAUUGAACUUUCACCUAUUGAUUCCGCUUUCGUUUAUCAUGAAAACUCAUUCGUCAAGAUUCCAAUUCAACAUUAUGAAAUUAUCCACUCUCCUCUUGUAACUGGUUCAAACCCUAUUCAAGCCAAAAACCUAUUGAACUUCUUGUCUAAUUACAAUCAAAAUGAUCCAACCACUCAUCAAGGACUUGAUUGCUCCAAACUUUGUAUUGGAAAUGUUUUUGAACAUUUCAAUGUUGAUGAGGAAACCAUUAAUUAUUUGGGACAUGUCGUUGGAAUGUAUUCAGAUGAUUCAUUUGUCAAUGAGACUGCUUGUGAAUUUAUUGAAAAAGUUUCACUUUAUGAGGAAUCUCUUAAUGAAAAUGGGAAAUCACCAUUUCUUUAUCCUAAAUAUGGAUUGGGAGAGUUGACUCAAGUGUUGAAUCGUUUUAGUGUAUUGAAUGAAGCUACUUGCAUGUUGGAUGCACCAGUUGAGAAGAUUCAUUAUGAUGAGAAUGGACAUGUUUGUGGUGUUGAAUCCGAUGGGAUAAUUGCCAGAUGUCAAAUGAUAAUUGGUGAUUCGAGUUACUUUACUGAGAGAGUUCAAUGUGUUGGAAAGGUAAUCCAUGCAGUUUGCAUUCUUUCUCAUCAUCCAAUUCCCCAAGUAUCAAAUUCCUGUCAAAUCAUCUUCCCAAAACCUCAAAAUCACAAACAUGACAUUUACUGUCGUGUAUUGAAACACAAUCAGGAAAUUGCUCCAAAUGGAAAAUUCCUAGUCUCCAUCUCUACCAUUGCUGAAACACAAGAUCCAGAAUCAGAAAUUAAGGAUGUUCUUGCUUUAUUGGAACCAAUUGAGGAAAAGUUCAUCUCCAUUCGUAUGGUUAAUGAGCCAACUGAGAAUUUGAAUGAUGGAGUAUUCAUUACCAAGUCAUACGAUGCCUCAAUGCACUUGGAAUCAUGUGUAGAGGAUGUUGAAGAUUUAUAUGAGAAGAUUUGUGGAGAAAAGCUUGAUUUUACCAAAUUCCAAUCUUCAUUCUUAUUGUAA